GCAUCUCUGACGUUACCUUUUCCCAUUGGUCUCUGGCCGGCAGCACAUGCUCAGGACAUCCAUAUAAAGACUCCCUCCCUCUAACCUCCCGUGCCCCGGGUUCCUAGGCUGGAGUUUCUGUUGAGUCGCUUCUUUGCUAGCUCUUGGUCGAGCCGGACCGCUCCAUCCCUCGCAGUGUGAUGGCCAACCCAGACGUUUUUGUAGGCAGAUGGCACCUCAUCUCCAGUGAAGGCUUUGAAGAGUUUAUGAAGGAAUUGGGUGUUGGCAUGGCCAUGAGGAAGAUGGGAAGCAUGGCUAAGCCAGAUGUUAUCAUCACCAGGGAUGGAGAUAAAAUGAAUAUAAAAACAGAAAGCACUUUCAAGACCUCUGAAUGCUGCUUCAAAAUUGGAGAGCCUUUUGAUGAAGAUACGAUAGAUGGCCGAAAAACAAAGACUCUUAUUACCUUAGAUGAAAACAACGUGUUGACCCAAAGUCAGAAGUGGGAUGGCAAAGAGGCCACGAUAACAAGGAAGAUAGUUGAUGGGAAGCUGGUUGUAGAAUGUGUCAUGAAUAGUGCCAAAUGUACUCGGGUCUACCAGAAAGUAUGAAAACACUGGCUUCCUCUUUGGAUUGGGAGCCCCGUGACCAACUGUUUACUUCCAGCAACAAAACUACUAUACACUCCCUUGUUUCUCAUUCUUUGCCCUGCACUCUAGGUUUUUUGGACCAUUUUGGAGGAAUUAGUACUGUAUGUGAUGUAUUGAGAAUAUUAAAAUUGCAAGUGUUAAAUAGAAAAACCGUAA